AAGCUAACAGACCUAUCAGAUUCGACGUCAUCAAUAAAAAAACGACCGACUGGGCCAAAAUCAGCUACCUAGUCGCCCGACAGUGGCGCGAUGGCCGGUUUCGCAGCCGUGAAUAACUUAUUUAUAUCAAAGUAUAAUUAAGAGGUGCGAUAGCCGUCCGCUGCCUGAACUGUGUCUUUUGUGGCUGGGCAGUACCCGAAAGUGAAUGAGGAGAGAAAAAGGAAGAAGAAGGGGAAAAAGGCAAAGAGGAGCAGAAAAAUAGCAGAGUUGCUGCUACUGUACUAAAUGAUCAUGGAGGGUUUUGGAGAAGGGACAUGAAAGUGCAAAAAGACAGGCAUGUGAGAAGGACGAAAAGAGAAAGAGUACAUCCGGCUUGAUGGUAUUCCCCGCAACGCCAAAAGUACCUGACCAGGACUUCUCCCGUCAAAGGGUCCCGUUCUCCAGAUCCAAUCCCCAAGUUCCCCUCCGUCAACUUCGGGACAAGCCUUGUCAAUUGGUGUCUAAGAGGCGUCCCCCCAAAUUCGAAGCCCCCGGAGCAUGUGCCGAAUCAGGAAUCUCGAACUUGGGGAACAUGGCCCAGGAAGGGAGGUACUGAACUUCAAUACAGAUAUUUCGUAUCUCGACAUCAAACGACCAAAGGGAACGCAUCAUCUGGGGACAUUCGUGUUUCUGCUUGUGCACUUGGGCUGUCAUACCCUCAACUUGAGUGGCUCUUUGCUUGUCCUCGCACGCAAAUAUACUAGGGGCGUAGUAAUCAAUGACUCAACAGACUGAAACAUCAAACCUUAAGCCCUCUCAUGAAGAGAUAUCCACUUGCUGCAAAUCAUAUCCCCCAAUAUCAAGUCGCUUCCAAUUUCCGACAUGUCAAAGAGAGACACACGGACGGUACUUGGCGGGAACACAGCCUUGCCUGAAUCAUGGCCAAUGCUGAGCCGUUACAUGGCCCCAGUCAUGUAGACGAAGACCAGCGUGAGCAAUGGGGGAUUUUCUCGGCAGCGGCGUCGUUGUCAAAUGCCCAGGCAAAGACCAGCUCACUUUUUUCCUCGGCCGAGGAAAGAAAUGGGCCACAUCAUGAACAACCCUGGGGUCCAGAGUCUAGGUCCGGGUCUGGUGUUGCUGUGUACUGUACAUCCGAGCGAGUGAGGAUGAAGGCAGUGAGAGUUGAAUGGAUGAGCAAGCUUAUCUCUAGAAAAGCAGAGGAGAUAGAAAUACAUAAUGGCAAAAGAUAAGUUAAAUCAAGAAAAGAGGAACCCCC